AGGCAAAGCUAAACAAACGCUCGGGAGCGUUCGAGCGGUACCCUGCCUCCGAGCGCAGAACUACAUUUCCCAGCGGGCAUCGGGCUCGGGGUCCCUUUCCCUUGGCCUGGGCGUCCCGAGUCGCCACCGGCGCGAGCGCUGGUGAAUAAGCUUUUCAAAAUGUCCAGCAAAGAAUCUUACGGAAAAAAAGAGAAAUCUCGGAGAAAAGGCACCGCCCCAUCACCCAAUGUUGAUGAAGAAAUAAGAAUUCUGGAUAAGAAAGAGAAAAAAACCUCAGCAAAUUCUACUAGUUCAGCUUGUUCUGUAAUAUCAGUUUCAACAGAGAAGAGAAAACUGAAAUCAGAUCAUACAGAUAUUCUGUACUGUAAUAUAAAAAGAAGACAAGAACUGAAAAGACUGAAUGUAGAAACUGACACUCCAAGAAAGAGACCAAAAAUUAGUUUUUCAUCCCAAGGACUUGUUAAACUCCAGGAAACAUCAUACUCAAAUGAUAAUCAAAUUAUUUCUCAGAGUCCUUCUUCAAAUGGAACUAAAAAAGGUAUAAGUAAAUGUGUCGAUUUUAAAGAUAUUAAAUUGACAAAUGUUAAGAGUGAGCUGGACCAUGGAAUUAAAAACUUUAGCAGUCCUAAGAUUGCCAAAGAUGUGAGACCUAAAGCUGAAGGCCAGGCAAGUGAAAAAAAAUGGCCUCAUUUACUUGCUCAGAGGGAGAAGAUGAAGGAACUCAAGAAAGAAAGGUACAAUAAAUUUAGAGACAGUUCUGAAAAAUAUGUUUUGGAGAAAUGCAAGAGAAUCCAAUUUUCUCAGGAUUAUAAGUCCAACAAGAUAAUUAAGGAACCCCUCGAAUCUAGAAGAAGAAAGAUCAAUUUCAAAAUCCUAGGAGAAUCCCGUGAAACCCUUCAGAAGCUUGUAGAAGAAAAUGUCUUCAGUUUAGAUUCUAACAAGUUAAAGACUAAGCAGGAGAAAAAAGAAUGCCUGGAAGGCUCCCAGGUUUCGUUAAAUUUGACAAGGCACAAAAGUGAACAUUUAUUUUCAGAUUCCACGUAUAAGCAGACUGUUCGUGAGUGGGAAGGAAAAUAUCAUGAGCAUCAAAGAAGUAAUGAUUCAAGUUCUAGUGAAAACCUAACCCAGAGUUUUGAAGCACCAUGUUCUUCAGUGUCACUUGAAAGUAUUCAAGAUACAGAUCAAGAGAUGCAGAUUGUAGAAGAGCUUCACGCUGCACGUGUGGGAAAAAGUGUGGAUUUACCUGUGGUUCCACCUUCUGGAGAGUUAACAAGUAUGGAGAUUGACUUGGUGGAAGAUGAUGUACAUUCCUCUUCUGCAGAUACUGCUUCAGACAAAAAGCUUUUAAUUGUUGUUGACACAAAUAUACUGAUGAAUCAUCUCAAAUUUGUUAGAGUUUUGAAGACAACAGAAAUCUCAGGCUUUGACAGGCUUGUGUUAAUAAUUCCCUGGGUUGUUGUGCAAGAGCUGGAUCGUAUGAAGGCAGGAAAAUUAUUGAAACAUGCCCAGCACAAAGCUAUACCUGCAGUUCAUUUCAUCAAUGACAGUCUCAAAAAUCAAGAUAGAAAGCUAUGGGGUCAGUCAAUACAACUUGCAUCUCAAAAACUUUUUUUAGGUAUAUCUUCCAGGCCCAUGUGUCCUAGAAAAAGUGACAGAACAGAUGGAUUCAGUGAUGAGAACAAUGAUGAUCGUGUAUUAAAAUGCUGUCUUCAGUACCAAGAAUUAUUCCCUUGUUCUCUUGUUAUUUUGUGCACGGAUGAUAGAAAUUUAAGAAACAAAGGCCUAAUAAGUGGUGUGAAGUCACUCAGUAAAGAAGAAUUGAGUGCAGAAUUAUUAAACUUAUCUCUGAACACAGUUGUAUGUCAUCAGCCUUGUAUAUCUAAACAACAAUUGAAAGCAGAAGCAACACCUUUAGAGAAGAGCUGUGAGGAGGAAUCUACAAACUCUGGACUAUGCAUUCUACUUGAAAGCAUUGUAUCUGAUCUCGAAAAAUCUCUUGGAACAGCUUUAUCUUCAAUAUUAGAAACAGAAAUGAAAAUUGCUUUUGGAAACCUUUGGAUGGAGGUGCUGUACUUGAAACCACCAUGGACUCUAAUACAUUUAUUACAGUGCUUUAGAAAACAUUGGUUGGCUGUAUUUGGAUUAGUUAUGGAAAAGAACUUGCUUUUAACUGUUGAGAGCCUAUAUGAAAAUCUCUCUAAAGCUAACAAUGCUGUGGAUUUUACAACAGUGAAAUUGCUGCUUCAGGAUUCUAAAAGUUUGCUACAUGCUUUCAGUACAAGGUCAAAUUAUGAUGGUAUUCUUCCACAGGCCUUUGCUCAAGUAAACAAACUACUCCAAACAUUUAUAGAGGUCAAGGCAAAACUUAAGCAAAAUCCUUCAAAAAAUACAGCGGGUAAAAGGCAAGAAGAUAAUUCUUUGAUGAAAUCUAAUAACCAAGAAAUCACCGUUUUCUCAGGUUCUCAUCUUCCCCAACCCAACAGGCAUCAAGAGAUCUGGUCUAUCCUAGAGAAUGUUUGGAUUACAAUAUAUCAAAACAGCAUGGAUGUGUUUCAAAGAUUGGGCUCAAAUUCAGCUCUGAUGUCUUCAAAAAUAGCAUCAUUUGAAGAAGCAUUUGUAUAUCUUCAAAAGUUAAUGGAAGCUGUUAAGGUUAUUCUUGAAGGAAUUCAGAGGAUUUUGGCACCCAAUAGUAAUUAUCAAGAUGUUGAGACCCUCUAUAACUUCCUAAUCAAGUAUGAGGUAAAUAAAAAUGUCAAAUUUACUGCCCAGGAACUUUAUGAUUGUGUUUCACAGGCUGAGUAUCGGGAAAAGUUAACCAUCGGAUGCCGCCAGCUGGUUGAGAUGGAACAUACCAUGCAACAGUGCAAUGCCUCUGUCUAUAUGGAGGCCAAAAACAGGGGAUGGUGUGAAGACAUGCUCAACUAUAGAAGCUAAGUGCUGAUUUUGUAACUUAGAAGGAACUGCAUCUGUCUUCAAGAACAACAGAGUAGCUUUCAACCUUUUGUGCCAAACCCGGGAGACUUGAAAGAAAUGUCUCAAGAAAUGUCUCAAAUGUCAAUGUCUCAUAGGUACAAAAAGAUGAUUGCCUAUUACCGACAAUCUCAUUGAGGUUCUUUAAUGCAUCCAUUGUGGGAUAAACUGUGAACUCAACUCAUCUGAAGUUGACUUUACCUCCCUACCUCUACUCCUAAUACUGAGCCAGUGUGUCUAAGGAAAGGAGAGCCAUCUUUUUGGUCAUCUUAGGGCAAGAGCCACUGCGGCAUCUGAGGAAGGCCCAGGACACAGUGUUAGCAUCUCUCUCAACAAUAAAUAUAUAUGGGUAUGUGACUAGAGACGUUUCCAAACCUCAAGAAAGAAUUAGGACAUAACCAUGCUCACCAUAUUCCACAAGAGAAAGCUUACCCUGGGCUGUUUUAUGAUCAAACUGUCUUCCAUGUAGGCCUGAUCAAGUAAUACGUAUCCCUUCCACUUCCCCCAAGGUAAGGGAAGUAGAAUUUUGACUUCAGCUCCAACUUGCUACAGUAGCCUCUUUUCUUCCCUGGCCUUGUCACUUUUCAAUGCAUUUCUCAUGGGAAAAACAGGGAGACCACUCUGCUCAGUGUCCUCUUAAAUGUGAAACAGCAUGGAUUCAUCAGGUAGCAGUGGCUGAUGUUUGCCCCUGGCUAAACCAAGUGUUUAACUCACUUCUUAUUUAGUUAUACCGAAAGUUGGAAAUCCUUGUUUACUAAAGUAUAUUACGCUUUUGUUAAUACAUUAGAUUAAAUCUAAUUUGGUUUUCUAUUAUAAAUGUUUAUUUUUUUAAAAAAGCAAAGAAUUAUGUUUAGUGAUUUUGCUUUUCAUUUUACUUCCAAAUUUUGUUUCUGAACUGCAUACAGGUGUGAUUAUAAAAGUGAACCUCCAAUGAAAGAGAACUAUGCAGGAUGCCCACUAGCAGGAAGAAGGAUCCUUGAGCUUUGUUUGCUUAGAAAGCCACACCUCCUCCUGGGGCUCAAAGUGCCCUCAGGGAUAUGAGCCUGGGUAGAAGAAGCUUCCAGAGCACCUCUGCUGUUGCCUCUUUCAUUUUCCUCCCCGAGGAGCCAGGAAAGCACCCCCUCCCCCUACCAAAGAUUUCUUCAGACUUCUAUCCCUCAGCUGCUUCUAGUUGUUACUGAGUUUUGCUCUGCUUUGUUUUUGUUGCUGUUGUUGUUUUGGUCGCAGCUUGCAGGAUCUUAGUUCCCUGACUAGGGAUUGAACCGUGGGCCACAGCAGUGAAAGCGCAGAGUCCUAACCACUGGACCGCCAGGGAACUCCCUGCUGUGCUUCAUUACCUCCCUUUUUCUCUUAUCUUUUUAAUAUGUUAUACAUUUUAGAACAUUUCUUUUCACUCCUAUCAUCUGAAUACUUCUACGUAUUUCACCCUGUGCAUGUGGAUUUUAAUUUUAUCCUAAUCUAUGUGUCUUUCACUUUGUGCGUUGUCAAUUUUCAACCUUUUUUAAAUAUUUAUUUUGAUAUGUGAAAAUGUUUUCACUUUCUAGUCUUAUUUUUGUCUUUAGAAGACAUUCUUUAAAAUUUUUUUAGUGUUUGUUUCUUUGAAAUGUCAGGGGUUUUGGGGGUUUUUUUCUUCUUUUUGUUGCCUUCUUUUCUUAUCUUAAACUUUAAUUUAUACUUUUUUUCUAACAGUCCAGUGUGGGAGUUGAGGGAUCCCUUUCCUCCCAUCCCCUGCUCUUUCUUUUCUGGGUCUCCCCUCUGGAUCGGAGUAACUCAGUUGACAUAAGGAUCAUAAGCCCCACCUUGAUAAGUUUGUUUUCAUGGGAAAUUAUCAUUAUCUUUAGAACUUCAGGUUUUAAAAUCUCCAUUCAGUAUACAUAGCUAUUAUGUUUUGGGCAGAAGCUUCAUAAGCAUGCCAUGAACCAGAAGGGACUGAUGGGAAAAGUCACAUGAGGGCAAGGGCUCUCUACAUAAAGUCUUGCCUUAGUGAGGAGCUGGUGAUAACUUCCUGAGAAGCAUCCCUGAGGAUUAUGACAGCAAAGUUCCUGGAACCAUUUUACACUAGCCUUUUCCAGCUUCCACAACGUGGUCCAUUUCCUUCUCGAAAGGACCAGGGAGGGUCCUCUGGCUUGGCCAGGCCACAGCUCUUCCAGCAUUCUGAGCCAAAGAAAAGUUGGCUAAAGACUUAAGAGUCUGUUGUGCCCUACUGGGUCCUCCUGUUAGGACCUGCAGUGGGCAGUUAGGACUGCACAGAUUGGAACUUCAUAGAUGGGUUAAUUUCACUUUCCUGUUAUUGUCUUUGCCUGUCGUAUGAAAGACAGGGGACACAAGACAAACCUGAAACUUUAUUUCCUUGAUCUUUUGGCCAUCAUCUUAAAACAUAGGUCCUUUCACCCUUUCAGGGUUGAUCCACAAUUAUUUAGUGUCGUGGUCUCCCUUAAGAACCUAGCUCUUAUUGUUCAUACUCCUGAUGUGACAUCUCCCCAAGCCCACCUAUCUAUUGGAGCCUUUUAGCUCCCUCCUGUGUGAGUGGGGAUGAAGUUACCUUUUUCUUCUUAGAGGGAACAUACCUCACUAUUGAAUAAUGAAAUGCAUCUUCCACUUAGGAAGUGCUGCCACCCAUACUCCUUUUCUGAUUUAGAUUGGACUGACAGUCCAGUCUCCCUCCCAGUUGGUGGCUCUUUAAGCUAUUUUGCCAACAAACAACAAAAAACCCCACUCCAGUGAAAAGAAGCAACUCCAUGAGCUUGAGCAGAAUUUACAGCUACGAACCUAUAAGGUAAGGCAAUAAGACACUCGAAUCUCAGCUACCAACAUGGCUCAGCGUUCCUAACUACAAACCAAAUUCAGUAUCCUAGCCUUCGCAACUCUUACUGUAGACUAAUGGUUAUCGGCUGAACUACAUUAACUCAGCACAUAACCCUUGCAUGGCCAGUGGGGAUGAAUGGUUCCCCGAUGUGAUUUCUAGUCAGGUAAAAUAUUGACGUGUCCUAGACUUUUUUAAAAAAGGCUUUUCCUUUAAAGGUUUGGUUAAGCUAGAAAGACAAAACUUUUUCAAGUGAAAAACUGUAGUUUUGAGUUUUGUCAAACACAAAUCACCAGCACACUCAAGUAAUGAGUUCCAUUGCUCCUCGAAAUUCCCUUGUGCCCCUUUGUAGCCAACUCCCAUCCCCAUCUCAGGAAGCCAUUGAUGUGUCUGCUAUCCAUGUAGCUCUCUUUUCCAGAAUGCUAUGCAAAUGGAGGCUUUUGAAGCUGGCUUUUCACUUAGCAUGAUGCUUCUGAGGAUCCAUCCAUGUUUUAUCAAUAAAUACUUCACUGUUUUUAUUCCUGAGUAGUAGUCCAUUGUAUUGAUGUACCCUUCCAUUCAUUCACCAGUUGGAAGGAUACUUGAAUUUUCAGUUUUUGGUGAUUAUGAAUAAAGCUGCUAUAUUCAUACACAGGUUUCUGUAAGAACAUGUUUUCACUUCACUUGGAUAAAUAGCAAGGAA